AUGAGCGUGGAAUUUACUGUCAACACAUUUAUACAGUUGUUUCAAGGCAAGAUUGAGCAAGUUUGCUGUCAGUGUUGUUUCGCUACGGUUGAUAGACGUAGAUUGUGUUCGAUGUCCCGCGUGGAAGGGUUGCGCACGCGUUUGGUAAAAAAACGCCUUCAAACAGCUUCUGAGAAUCAAAAAGAAACAGUCAGUGUAGACAUUACAACAACACACGUCUAUAUCAUGAUGGAUGGUAGAUGCCAAGGGUGGCGUUCAUCAAUAGAUAUGAAAUGUUGUAUAUUGAUCCCUCGGAACAUAAUAUCAAUCCAUGGUGCUGAACUUCAUUUUUGCAAGCAUACCAGCAUAGCCCAGAUCAAUUGCAUCCUUUUUCUCAGAUUCGAAAAAACUGUGGUACUUCGUGUUGAUGAAAUAAAUUAUAUGUGGUCGAUGCUUGUUGAAUAUGUAUGCCGCAAGGAAAAGAAAAAAUGGGCAGAGAAUCUGUCAAAGCACUUGGAUUAG